AUGUUCCCUAAUCCUACCUUAAAAUUGAGUUUUCGUCAAUCUCUUGAAUCUCAAGUGAAAGACCUCACAGGUCGUCUUGAUGAAGCUGAAACAGCAUCUUUGAAGUCUGGACAGAAGGCAGUUGCAAAGCUGGAAAUAAGGGUUCAGCAAUUGGAAAGUGAAUAUGAAGCUGAGCAGAGACGUCAUGUUGAAACUCAAAAGAACGCACGAAAGGCCGACCGACGCUUGAAAGAAUUGGCAUACCAAGUUGAGGAGGACAGGAAGAGCGCGGAAAUAUUACAAGAUCUUGUUGAUAAACUUCAGACAAAGAUUAAGACAUACAAACGCCAAGCUGAAGAAGCAGAGGAGGUCGCAGCUAUUAAUCUCGCCAAGUUCCGUAAGGUUGCCGAAGAGCUUGAGGACGCUGAGUCACGUGCUGACUCCGCUGAAAACAUGGUGUCUAAAUUCAGGGUACAGAGUAGAAGUUUCUCUGCAGCUGCAGCCACAGGCAGUAGUAGCCAUACUGUUAUCAAGACAUCAUUCACCAGCGCAGAAAUGUAAACAAUUUUUACACUUAGAGGAAAAUAGCUAUGUUGCCCACAGCUUGACCCUUUACCUGUGCAAUCACUUCGUCUUGUGAGGGUGAUGACAUUAAAUUCCUGGAGAAAACGGCAAACCAGUUGUAGAUUCUGUUUCCAUGACUACACUCCUGUAUUCUCGUGUUAUGAACUUGUGUUAUUUUUUACUUAUAUUAACAUAGAAAACAAGUGUUAUCAGUGGAAUAGUUUAAAAUAUUGUGGUUUUGGACUGUUUUAACAGGUACAUUACGUAACAAGUUGUUUGGAAGGUACAGACAGACAGACAGACACUUGAUAAGAUCCUAUAAUAGGAUCGUCAAUGAUCCCUCAUUGGGCGAAGAACUAGCUGUAGAAUAUUAUAUGUAGUUGUAGAGUUUGUGAUAAAAUUUGUAGUUGUGUAUUUGCUCGUCAACUGUUUCUGUAUUGCUAGCAUGGUAUUAAAAAAAUAAUGAAAUGUACAAGAAAACGAA